CUGCCUAGGGAUGCCACUGCACCCAGGGAAAGACCUUUGAGUGGGUGCCACUUUGUCCCAUGGCUGAAGAUGGUUUGCCAAAAAUUUAUUCUCAUCCUCCAGCAGAAAGCACCAAGACAGCAACUGAGGCAACCAUCUUCUUUGGAGCUGACAACACUAUUCCUAAAUCAGAAACAACUAUCACAUCAGAAGGAGACCACAUUACUUCAGUAAACGACUAUAUGCUAGAAAAUGAUUUUUCAACAACGACAGGCAACAAGCUUGUACCACCAAAGGAAAGACUGAAAUCAGAAGAUGAUGUUGAAUCCCACCUGGAGAAAGAAUUUGCCACUCUGAUGGACACUAAAAACCCAGUGGCUAAUGAGUCUAUCACUGAAAACUUCUUGCCAGUGAAAAUUGGUAAUAUCUCAUCAACAGAUGCCGUUUCCUUAAUAGAUUUUUCCACUGACAUAGCAAAAGCAGAUAUUCUCUUGGAUACCAUUGACCCAGGGGAUGAAGAUGUGUCACUAACUUCUGAAGCCUCUGGCACACCAAAGGAAAGCACAGCUGGCAUUGCUGACACCCCAGUCCUUCCAACUACAAUGGGUAAAUCUGAUGUAAGCAAUUAUAGUUCCUCAGCUGAGUUCAAAGUCGCUGCUGAUGGGAAUGCCCAUAUUACUGAGUCCUCUGUCCCUGAGGCUGAAAUCACUCCAGCUACUGAAAAAAACCUCACCACUAUUCCAGACAUAAGUGACCUUACAGAAGAGAAAAUAACAGAAAUUGACUUAAUUCUUCCAGAAAAUGACCCCAAUGUUGUGCCUAAACUAACUGAUUCUGAUGAGGAAAAGUUUAUCACCGUGUUUGAACUCACUACCACUGCUGAAAGAGACAAAGAUAACCCAGAAGAUACUCUGCUAACUGAUGAAGAGUCUACAGAUGGAGUCAGUGUUUGGAUGGAGAGGGAUAUGGCAAAUGAAGAAGAGAGCCAUUCUGUUUUGCUUACUGCUGUAGAAUCCAGAUAUGACUUCGUCAUCCCUGCAUCAGUAGCUAUGAACCUCAUGGAAGAUUCACUUACAGAAGAAGAUUUGCCUGAAAAUAAUAGAAUGGAAUCUGUAACUAAGAAUACUGACGAGUUGUUAGGAACUACUCCUGAUCUAGAUACAUUCAACCAUAAAGAAGACAAUUUCACAACUGAAACGGGUGUCUUUAAACUACUGAAAGAAGAACCAGAUGAGUUCCUGAUUUGAAAGCAACAACAGAAAUGCCACAAAGUCUUGUGCAGUAGCCUAGGCAGCUAGUUUUAACAUCUAAGGAGUUUGUCCAGCAAGCAAUAAAUCUUAAUAAAUGAA